AUGAAUAACGCAAACCCUACUACUGUUUCUGUUGGAGCUGGUGUUGGUCAUCGCUCUGCAUCGGGAGAUGCAAGUUUUGGUUCUGGUUCAUCUUUGUCGUCUCUACAAAAUGAACAUAGCAAUAAUGCUCUGCAUAAUGGUAUUGAUGCUUGUAGCGAAGACGCUCGCAUUGAUCAGGCAUUGAGCGAUGACGAUCUGUCAACUCUUGAUAAUGAUACUAUCAUGAAUGAUAGUGGUGAGCUAUUGGAAUUUGAUUUCGAUAGUGAGAUCCAACCCUUGGGAAUGGAUCAUCAGGCUAGCAUGGCCAGGGACAUCAAGAUGUUGAGGAGAAGGCUUUUUGAGGCUACAAGGCUGUCUAUCACUAUGCCUGAGGAUGGCACGCUUGCAUCCAAUGCUGGGGCCCUGAAACGCCAAUUGAUCAUGGCUAAGGAAAACUACGAUUUGUUGUUUGAUGAUACUCUAAUGCUCUCCCCAUCUAUGGCCUAUUCCAAUGCUGCUAAUAGCAUAGUACCUCCAGAUACGCCAUAUAUUCAAUGGAAAGGACACAAGUUUAACAACAAGAAGUUUGUCUACCCUACCAUGGAUGCAUGCCUUCAACAAUUCCAGGAUGUACUGGAGUCUCGUGGUGUGUCGAUCGAAGCAAACUGGAAGAGAAUUAUUAAGCCGAAAAUGUCCACGGGUAUGUCUGCCUGGACAAGAGAAAUCAUACAAAAGUAUCCCGAAAUUACUUGGGGCCAGUUCAAGAGCAAGCUCAAGGUGAAAUAUAGCCCUUCGGAAGCAGAAGAAAGAAAAGCUGCACUCAAUAAGCUAAAGACGCUUAAAUUGGACAACUGUGACAAUCUAGAAGACUUCAUUGACAGGUUUAACUCCUUGAAGGACUUAGCGGGAGUCAAGGAAAAUACGUCUCUGGUAGACUAUCUGCUUCGUGGUCUGGAUAUCGACUUGUAUGGACCGGUGUCUAUGGGCAUUUCACAAGCCCGUUCCAAGGGAAGCGACACUUUGGAUUUUGCUAUCUCACAGUUGCGCAGUGCCUACGAUUUGUUGAGAAGAGAUGAUUAUUAUAGGCAGGAAAAGCAGAGAAAGGACGCUGAACUGAACAAUAAGAUCAAGGAGGCGAUCAAGGCACAUCAGCGUGCUGAGGGCUCUGCUUCGUUGAGCAACAAGAAAACUCGUCGUGCUGGUCGCCGCCAUGACAAGCAAUCAAGCAAGAGGAAUGAUAGUCCUGGUGAAGUUCUUAAAUGUUAUGAUUGUGGUUUCACACCAUUUACGUAUGCGCAUAAGGCAUUAUGCAAGAAGAACCCCAAAAAUAUCAAAAAGAUAACAAAGAAGAAGAGCAAGUUGAUUGUGCCAAGACCUGCUUCCAAUGAUGAUACUGAUUCGUCAUCCUCUGAUGAGGAAAGUGAUCAAACUUUUGCUGUUGCCACAAUUUCUACAAAGGACAAGCAAAAGGAGGAAGUCGUAUCCAUGGAUACUGAUAGUGAAUGUAAGCAUUUGAAUAAUGAAUAUUUCAAAAAGAUGCCUAGUAAUAACAUGGACACUAAUGGACUUCUUUAUCUACCUGUGAUAUUAGAAUCAAAGAGUGGUGUUAAGGUUAACACAUGGUUUUUGUUGGACACUGGUUGUACAUUUAGUGCAAUCUCGCCCAAGUUACUUGAUUUCAUGCAAUUAAAUGUUGUAAAUAAAAAUGGUAUUAUUAAGCUGGCUCAAAGUAACACUGUUGUUAAUCGUAAAGGACAAACUGAAGAGGAACUAAAGAUUAAUUAUGGCUCCAAAGUUGUCUAUUCCAAAUUUGAAGUUUUUGACUUAUUUGAUGAUGUCCAUUGCGUGUUUGGCAUGGAUCUACUGUAUAAAGUUGGUAUUACAUUGGGUAAUAUUGCUGCAGAUUGGUCUGAUCGAAUUGGAUAUGAGAUUCCAGAUAUUGAACCCAAUCCAUACCAAAUGAGGAUCCUUAUGGAUCUAAGGAAGAGAGUCAAUUGA